AUGUGGGGUGCUGCAGUGUCAAAUCCGCCGCAUUAUCAUUACAUGCAAGGAGCCAGUAGCCCGCAUAGUGGACCUCCUCCACAACGUGGUCCUUCUGGACCUAUAUUAUCAGGUCCUAGUUCACGCCACUUAAGGCCUCAAUCUUCAUAUUCCUUGCCACAUGGGAGCAAUGGACCCGGUCGAUGGAGCUGGUCUGGAAGCAAUAUAUCCUCGUUUGACCGAAGGCAGCUGAAGGUACCGCCACAGCCAGCCAGACCAGCGCCGGUACGACCAUCGCAAAAUAAAAGCACAGCUAACUAUGUAAGUCAGAAAAUAGACUCUUGUUUA